CAAACACACUGACGUCUCUCCCUCUCCUGGGGAUGUGUUAUCUCACAGCAGGCCGGCCAGCAGAGCUAACCUCACUUUUCCUGUUUCCUCCCUUCAUCCACAUCACAUUCUGUCCUCUUCUCAGAGUCUCUCGGUCCUUGGCUCCUACGCGACUCACUUUAUCUGCGUUACACUUCCAAACAUGGUGAAGCUUUUCUCUUUUAACCAAUUUUUGCUUCUGUGUUUUGCGGUAUUUUUGCUGGCCUUCCACUCCAGAAUGACCACAGCCGCCCCUCAGGGAGGCAGCGGAACAGCGGGGGUCUUCUUGGUCAGCGAAGGAGGGAUGUACACCUUCAACUACACUGCCGCCAGGGAAGCCUGUGAGCGUCUGAACGUCACCAUGGCAACCAGAGAGCAGGUGGAGCGAGCGCUGCAGGACGGCCUGCAGACCUGCAAAUUUGGGUGGAUCGCUGAGCAGAUCGCCGUCGUUCCGCGACUGACAUCGGAUGAAAAAUGCGGUCAGGGCCGGAUCGGGGUGGUGACGUGGAACGCUCACCUGGACCGCAAGUUCGCCGUCUUCUGCUACAACGCAUCAGCGAUCGAAGAACGGAACGAGACAAAUACCUCACCAUCGACCACGCUGACACCCCCGACCCAAACCCCGAUACCCGUCACGCCGUCAGUCGCACCAACACACACUCCGCCCCCCGAGCAGAAGCUGCCGACCUUUACCACACGUGGAUCCAGGACAUCGUCGACCACACCUCCUUCUCCUCCGACUCGUCACGGCGGCACGACAAAACCAGCGCCGGUCAGCUUGACCUUCUCCACCUCCGUCUCUUCCCCCGGCGCCCUGGGCUCCUCCGAACCGGACCUGACCCGAUCCGUCGUCACGUCUACAGAGAGCUCACUGGGAGUUGGACUGACAGCUCUCAUCGUUCUGGGAGUCGUUGCGUUGCUUCUGAUGGCGUCUGGAGCGGUUUGGUACUACAAGCUGAGCGCCGUCCCGUGUGGGUCUCAGUCGCUGCAGAAGGACGACACAGAGACGGAGAUGUGGAAGCACGCCGACAGCGAGAUUGACCUUCACAAUCGGCCGGGACCGGAGGACGAGGACGAGGAAUCAGAGAGGAAGUACUCCAGCGAGAUCACGCUGUGCGUGAAUCCCAGUAUCAAAGCUUCAGAGUAGCAGCGGGACGUUUGUGAUUCUGGGACUGCGUCGUCCCGCCCUGCUCGCGCCGAGCCGGGCGGAUGAUCCAUCAAGCAGCUCCGUGUUGGGAGGACGGAUAAAACAGAAACAUUUCUCAGGGGUUGAAGGGGACAACAGACAUGCUGCUGACGCUGCAGCUGCAUCGUGUGUUUGUGGCGGAAACUGUCACAGUGGAUAAAUCAGAGGUUUUCAGAGUGUCAGGAUCACUACCCAAUAUCGGUAUCGGUAUCGGUGCAUCCCCAGUUAAAAGACUUUAUUGUUUAUGAGAAGGUGAUUAACCAUAACAUUUGUAAAAACAUGCUUAAUGCAGCAGCUAUAAAUGUUUUUUUGGACUUUUCAUUGUAUUUUGCACCGGAAGGUUUCAUUAAAAUUGACCUUAUAUUGAGAUUAUAGAAAUACUCUACUAAUUGUUUUCUUUUGUUUUUUUUGGGGGGGUAAAUAUUUUCAUCAUGUAUAUUGCACCAAAAACAACAACUACUUCAACAAACAACUUUAAAAGAUUCAAUUCGUGGUUAUUAUGGCAUUAUUUUACGAGGAUGACUGAUGGACUGAACCACUCUGAGACAAAAA